AUGCGGUCGGUAAAGGUAUCCUUAAAAGAGAGAGCUAAAAGAUGGUCCCGGAGACUAUCAAGGACCGGCGACUCCAACUCGGAUAAGGGUCAGACUGCUUUAGACACCAACCCACCUGAACUGUCUUCUGUUAUCAGAAACUCAACCUCGCUUGCUGACGCGGCCUUACUGGAUUCCCAGCAAACUUCUGUUGAACGGACCUCAUCUACGCCUCAGGAUGAGGCUUUUUUGUGCCAGGUUGGCUUGCCUACAAAGGCGGCUUCUUGUCUGAGUACGGGAUUGAAAGAAGUGGACAUAAUCACCCAAAAGAAAGAUCCUUGGGAGCAAGGCUUGUCUCUUCUAAGCGCUGAGGACCAAAAGCUGGUAGAAGAUAUCAACGAGCGCGGCGAUGAAAAGACUGUAUUUGCAGAGUUACAGAAGGCUGUUAUCGAAAAGCAGCAGACGUCGCAGGAGAAGGCGUGGAAGAUCACAUUCGGCGGCCGGAGUAUUGCCCUUCGCGAUGUAGCAGCCAAAAUGGUGACCUGGCUGAACUCGUACACGCAGAUUGGUGAUUUGAUCGCUCAGUCCUAUCCAUUGCAUGCGGGUAUACCGUGGUCAGCCAUCAAGAUCGUCCUUUCUGUUUUAACCGCAGAUCAAGAGCAGAUGGGACUGAUCCUUAUUGGACUCGAGCAAGUGGUCCGUAUCAUCACGAGAUGUCGUAUCUAUCAAAUGUUAUAUCUAGGCGAUGCAGCUCCAGUUGCGAAUGAAUUGGGCCAGGCCAGGACUCAGCUUUUCAGCGUUAUGGCUCGUCUUUACGCCAAAGUGUUUUCAUUUCUCGCAUAUUAUCUACGACUACUAGACCUCAAUACUGCCAUCCGAACAAUGAAGGCUUUUUCUCAACAAGGAAAGGUAUCCGAGAUGCUCACGGAAAUCGGGAAGUACGAGGAGCAGGUUGGAACGGAGGCUAGUCUCUGCGAAAAGGCUAUUUCGCGAUCAGCUUUCCAGCAAAUCGAUCAAAAGUCUGAAAACAAUAGGAUACAGUUUAAGGAAAUGGUGUCGUGGUUAGACAAGGAGAUGAAGCAGCUUUGGAAGCAGCUCAACGAGGAUGAGAGAUGCAAAAUCCUUCAAUGGGUCUCGGACAUUCCGUACGAGAGCGACCACUACACUGCCAGUAAAGGGCGGGUCAGCGGAACCGGGGAGUGGCUACUUCGCCACAACGCUUACUUGGCAUGGCGAGAAUCAGACAAAUCGACUCUUUUGUGGCUCAACGGUAUCCCGGGAGCUGGGAAGACAAAGCUGUCGUCUAGGGUGGUAGAUGAUCUUUUAGCCACCCUACCCUCAGGAAUUCGUGGAAAUACUGCAUUGGCAUAUUUCUAUUGUGACCGCAAUCGAGCCGACCACAACGAGCCUGUAGCCAUUAUGCGCAGUCUUGUCAGACAGCUGUGUGCCCCUUGGGACAAUGCCAGCAUAGAAUCUUGCGUUGAAGAACAGUACUUUAGUAAGAGAUCGAGAGGCUUCGCCAGUGACAGACUUGUCGUUGAAGAAUGUAAGCAGUUGCUUACCCAGCUGCUGGCAAGGUUUCGCACUGUUUACAUUGUUGUGGAUGGAUUAGACGAGUGUAACCGUGAUACAAGGCACAUACUCAUGGACUUUCUCGAAGAACUAAUCGAAGAGUUUGAACAUUCCGUCAAGGUUUACAUUGCUAGCCGUACGGAUCUGGACUUGAGAAAACAAUACCACGAAAAAAGUCAUCUCGAAGUCACUGCCAACGACAACCAAGCAGAUAUCGAGAAAUUUGUCCUUCAUAAGAUGGAGGAAAGUAAGUUUUUUCAGAACAGGCUAUCCCCAAACCUUCGCGCCAAGAUCUUGCAAACAUUCCAUGAAAAGAGCCAGGGGAUGUUCCAAUGGGCAACACUCCACAUUGGAGAAUUGCUCCAAUUGGAGAGAAAUAUGGAUAUCAAGCGGUAUCUAGAUGGGUUGCCUAGUGGCCUGGAGGCGACGUACGACAAAAUGUAUUAUCAAAUUGCUCAUCAGAUCGGCAGUAAGAAGGAUGUUGCAUUUGCCGCUUUCCAGAUUGUCAUGUCAUCGUGGAGGCCCCUUCAUCCUUUCGAGCUCGCUAUUGCUGUGGCACAGCAUCCCGACCAUGAGUUCAUACUUGACCAAGACAUUGAUAUUGGCUAUAUUUUAGACGCCUGUCAAAAUUUAUUAGUCGUGACAGACUGGCCACAAAACAGGGGUGUGCGUUUAGGUGAUUCAAAGUGGCUUAUAGGUGAUGGGUAUCUCAUUCAGGAAGUCGAAGAAAGCCGAGUUCUGGCCUCAACAGCAAUAUGGGAAAACAACUUCGGUGUUCAGAAACAAUCAAUCUGCAAGUUUGCACACUUGUCGGUCCAAGAAUACCUGGAAACAAAACACUGGGAUUCAGCAGAUGCUCAAGCAUUUAUGGCAGGAAUAUGUCUUAGGACAAUUCUUCAUGUCUACUUCGAGGGAGAUCUGACCCCCGGAAAGACUCUCCCGGAUAAAUUGGACCAAGAGGGGCAGACAGAUCUCUUUUGCGUUUCAGAAUUCCAGAGAACCCAGGGCAUAAGGGUAUUUGCACUCGAAGAGACGGAGAGCCCGGCGGCCUUGGUUGCAGGCUCAGCACCUAUUUCAGUAAGCACACGACACGAUCUUUCUGAGUCGCCGUAUGUCAAAGGCGACCCCGACCUGGUGAUUCCUGAGGGCACCGGGGAGAAGUUCACAUUGGUGUCUCCAAGUAUGUCUUUAUCAACGGCGAAAUCGCCAUCAGCAACCAGGGAAGAAGUAGGUUGGGAGGACCGCCCUGAAGACGAUGCAUGCCAAGAUACUUCCUUAUUUAAACCACCUCCAUUCGACUGCUAUAUUGAAAUGGUCAACCUACACAACCAUGACGACAAUAGAUCAUGUCUCUCUCACGUCUUUGAGCCAUACCUGGAAAGUCACCAGGGAUCGCCGCUAGAAGCAUGGGUUCGAUAUAGCGCAACCGGGCUUAUUCGACACCUUGGAAAGCAAGAAGAAUUCAGCAGUUCAGUCAGAUCCGGCUUACGGGACUUGGUGGAUCUAUUCCUUGGGACACCGACCGAAUCGACUAUUCGCUACAAAGCCUGGGCGCGUCUUGUGCAAAAUCGGUGGUACUCGCGCGAUAUUAAUGGAAAUGGAGAUUGGCUACCUCAGGAGAGCCUAAGGACUCUAUUGCGUCCAUAUAAGAAUCCUGCUCUUGGUUGUGUGAUGCUGGGUCUUGCUGAUCUUUUAGACACCUGGCUGAAGAAAAUUGAUGGAAGCUACAUCGUGCCAGAUCGUAAGGUUACGGAUCCUACUUCACAGACACUUGAUGAGGGCUUGUCGGAACAGCUUUGGGCUCUCGCGGAGAAGAUUCUGGAGGAUAAAAUUGGAUCAGAGACUUCGCAGUAA